AUGGCUCCGCUGGUGCCACCACCCCAUGCCCGCCCGCACUCCGCCGAUGACACCAACUCCACCAAUGCUAACACCUCGCGUUCUGAAGGUGCCCAAUCGCUCCAAGUCAUCACCCUCAGCAUCCCGAACCCCGAAUGGCAAGGCGUGGGCGCUUCCGAUGAAGCCCAGCGCAUCAACUCCUCCAUCUCCUUCAACUACCUCACUUCCUUCGACAUCCGAACCCUCUCCACCGUCGGCGCUUCCAGCGGCAACGAUGUCACCGGCCUGCUAUACGUCCCCGAUCUUGCCGAAGGCGAUCCUUGCAUAAACUCGAGUGCACCUUACAUCCCUCAAAAUGCGACACGACAGGCCAAUCUGCCCGAUCAGGAUUACCAGCAAAUAGCUAUCGCGCCAUGGACAAGCGGCGACUGCGCGCUUGCAUAUAUGAAAGCAGGAAGAGCUCGGCUGAUACAAGGCAUUAUGUUCUUCGUCCCAGGCAAUUCUAGUGCGACGCCGCCGGAUGAGAGCGAUCCAAUGUGGGAUAUAGACGAGCCGCGUUGGAAACAGGAGAACGGCUUCCCCGUAUACGCCCUGCCUGGUCAGAAUGGACAGAUCCUCAUGGCAGCAAGCGCCGCAUACAGCGGAAACAUGACCGACGUGCCAUUUGGACAUGAACUUACAGAGUUCUACGACUCGCGAGACUACGUGAGGUUAUAUGUUGACAUUGAUACUGGUGGUUCUGGAUCUACACUACCCUCAUUAUGGGUCUUCCUCCUGGUCGUUCUCGGCAUCCUACUUGCCAUCAUAGGACUAACAUCCUUAUCCAUGCAUCUGCUGCAGCGUCGAAGGAGACAGAAUCUACGAAGACGAGUCGCCAGUGGCGAAGUUGAUCUGGAAGCUUUGGGCAUUAAGCGUCUCACCGUACCACAAGAACUGUUGGAUCAGAUGCCUCUGUACACUUACGGAACAGGCACACCUGUGCCUGAACAAUCGCAAAAGUCAGCUUCCGUUCAGGAGGAAAAGCUGGACGGCACCAAGUCCACUACAUUGCCGACAUCGCCGCCUGCACCGACACUUCUACGAACGGGUAGUUACCGACCAUCGCCUCUAUCACAACCGACUUGUGCAAUCUGUCUGGACGAUUUCGUUGCAGCAAGUCCCGGCACUGAAGGAACUACCGUUCGAGAAUUGCCUUGCCACCACUUGUUUCACCCCGAAUGCUGCGAUACAUUCCUGAGAGACAGCAGCAGCCUCUGUCCUAUGUGCAAAAGGACUGUCCUUCCCAAGGGUUACUGCCCCAGGAUCAUCACCAACGCCAUGGUUCGCAGAGAACGGAUGGUACGACAAGUGCGAGAGCGCGUGUCUGACGACCCAGACGCGGCUCGCGAGGUUGAUGAAAACGGGUUGCCGUUGUCACGAGCGGCUCGAAUCCGUGUCCGAACGUUUUCUGGUUUCUCGCAACUGCGUCCGGGGAGAAGAAUCAGCGAGCCGGUAUCGAAUGGGCAGCAAAUGCAACAGCUGUCAUCCACGGCGCCUAUACCGCCUGUCCCUACGACAGCUGACAGCACCGCACCAUUGACGCAGUCGAAUUCAAUUUUGCCAGCACCGUUGUCGAAUGGCCCUCCACCACACGUGCAACCACCCUCGACUCCUAGCCGCAGAGAGUGGGCAAGACAGCGAGCCGUCGAAAUGCUUGGUGAACGCGCCCCCGCCGAUCCAGACGCCGAAGAAACACGAACCACAUCCACCUGGCGAAAAGCCGUUCGUGGAAUGUUCCCCGGCUUCAGACGAUGA